GACGGCCUGCUUACGACGGAGGACUUGGAAAGGCUAGAGAGGUCUGAUUUCACGACGGUGGGUGCCUUCACGACGGCGUUUGAGAAGAUGGCGAGGAAGGUUCUAGGGUUGGCCGAGGAGUCCCAAUGUGCCAUCUUCCUAAGCAACUUCACGGAAUGUGAGAGUGUUUCCCUGACCAGAAGAGGGACCAUAGGGAGGAAGUUGACUUGGGAGACAGUGAAGCAAAGCUUGGCAGAUGGGGAGCUGGACCAGGUAUACCAGUUUCAGAUGAAACAACAACGGCAGAAGCGUAAGGCUCGAGUUGUCACUGAAGGAGCAGGUAUCAACCUUCAACAGCUUAUUGCGGAUGGAAUAGCCAAGUAUCAUGCCGACCAACAGAAAGCGGCUGGGAAUCGGGUUUUGACAGUGACUCAGCCUCAGGCAAAAGCUGCGAAGAAGGUGGUUGAGCAGGUGGAAGAUGAUGAUGACGAUGAAGAGGAAGAACCGGUAAAGCUGACGAAAAGUCAGAGGAAGGCGCGGAACCAGGCCGCAGGUGGUCAAGGUUCCGGGAAGAAUGCAGGAGUACAGGCCGCUGCGCCGGCCCAAGUAAACGCAAAUCAGGCGAGCACAAGUGGUAUGCGCAAGGAGGCGCUUCGUCGAGCCGAACUAGGUCCGCCACCACCGGCCAUGUUCCGACUCUGGCAAGAGGAAGAUGUCAGGUCAACGAUAAAAGUGGAGGAACUGACCAAUAGUGAGUCCGAAGAGGGCAUCAGGAGGGAAGAGUCAGUCGUGAUAGAAGAGGAGGAGGAAGAAGAAUCGUAUUGCCAAGGAAGGGUCAUAGAUACCAUGGAGCGAAUGGAAGACCUCGUGGAGAAGAUGCAGAGGUUGAAUUUGAAAAUGAGGUCCAUUUGCGACGAGGUGGCGAAGCCGAUGGUUUACUUACUAGGCUCAGAGACAGGGCCAUCGAGUGUCAAACCGGCUUGUCAGACCUUGGGGUCAAUCCCGCGAUCUGGCAUUACAUUCCGACCUCCUCGAGGGCAACCCACAUUCCCGCAAGCAGUAUGCACGAGGCGUAAGAAGGAAGAUACCAGUAGCAAUCAGGAACCUCCGAGCGAAAGUCAGCCACGAGAGAAGGAGCCUGUUAUCGACGUAGGGGGCGAAGGCAAGGAGGAUGAGGAAGAUGAGCGGCUAAGGAAAGAAGAGGAGGAGCAAGCCGCCCAGCGCGCGAAGAAGAGAAACACGGAAGAGAGGCCAGAGAAAGCAGCAAAAGGAGAAAGCUCGCGGAAACAGAAGUACGCGAUACCAUUAGAAGAUGGCCUAGACAUUGAAGCCUUGGUCGAUAGGCUUCUAGAGGGUCAUAACGACCUGCUUAAUUUGAAGGAUAUCCUCGCCUCAGCGCCUAAGCUUAGGGAAGGAUUCAAAACGCGACUCUCUCGUCGAAGGGUGGCGAGCGUACGACUAGGAAAUCUCAUCGCUGCCGAGGCUCAUUGGGCGGUUCCUGGGACGAAAAUGGAUUGGAAAUCGGUCGGGACUGGGAGUGUGAACCUGAGUAUAAAGGGUAAGCCGUGUAGCGGAAUGCUGGAUACAGGAGCGGAGAUGAAUAUCAUUAAGGAAUCUGGCGCACUCCGCUUGGGGAUGGACAUCGAUCGAAUGGACUCAGGAUUCCUCUAUGGCGCAAGUGGGAAGACUCCUUUUACUGGGACGACAUCGAAUGUGGUGAUUGAAAUCGGGAAAGUGAAGUCUGGCGAAGGAGCUAAUGAGGAUAUACCUCCGGUAGAUGCAUUCCUCGAUGAAGAGGAAGAUGUGAAGCUCCACAUCAAUGCGCAUGCCGUAGGGGUCAGUGGAGUCAUUGUGCAAGGGCAGUCUGCUUUUCUUGCUCCUGCCGGGUACGUAAAGCGAGCAGAUAUAGUCCUCAAGGACUUCGUGGAGGAGGAUCCUUGGGGAGGGAAGGAGGUUGAGUGGAUGGCAAAGCUUGCAUUGACUGAGACUUUCCAGUUAGAAGAAGAUCCAUUGGUCAUUGAGAGUGGAGCCUACUCACUCGACACGCAAGCGAAGUAUGUGGCGGAUGUCAGUUUCCUUGUCAACUCAAUUGUCCAAGUGCACGAAGAUGGAGAAGGGAGUCGAGACCCUGUGAGAGAUAUGGAAGAGGACGAGUUCGAGGAAGGAAAGAUAACGGAGGCUUUUCGCGCAGAUGAGUACGAAGGCGUAUACCGUGAAUUAGGUUUGCUUCUCUCAUGUGAGAUGAGGUAGAGAGAGGCAACUAAGAAGGUACUCGAGAUGCGACCUCGCUUUUUAGUCCGGGAUGGACACCUUUCAUCAUAAACGAGGUUGGCAACCCGA